GGGAAGUCGCAAAGUUGCCGCUUUGCCUUUUCUUUCUCAGAUCGUGCUGCUAGCUUGCUCUUCGUGCCGACCAUUUUGUUCUAUCGGUCACUUCUUCUGUUGGUGUGCCCAGAGUGGAGUCGGCACCAUGAGCAACCUACGUCUCCAGAAGAGGCUUUCAGCCUCAGUGAUGAAGUGUGGCAAGCGCAAAGUGUGGCUUGACCCCAAUGAAGUAAAUGAAAUAGCCAAUGCCAACUCCAGGCAAAAUAUUCGCAAGUUGAUUAAGGAUGGCUUGAUCAUCAAGAAACCUGUCGCAGUCCACUCACGUGCCCGCGUACGUAAAAAUACCGAAGCUCGUCGUAAGGGAAGACACUGUGGUUUUGGUAAAAGGAAGGGUACUGCGAAUGCCCGUAUGCCACAGAAACUCCUUUGGAUCCGUCGUAUGCGAGUGUUGCGUCGUCUCCUUAAACGUUACCGCGAGGCCAAGAAAAUCGAUCGUCAUUUGUACCACAAUUUGUACAUGAAGUCAAAGGGUAAUGUCUUCAAGAACAAGCGUGUGUUGAUGGAAUUCAUCCACAAGAAGAAGGCAGAGAAGGCCCGCAGCAAGAUGUUGAGUGACCAGGCUGAGGCUAGGAGAUUGAAGGUGAAGGAGGCUCGCAAACGACGAGAAGACCGCGUCAUUCAAAAGAAACAGGAGCUGAUCCAGGCUUUCCAAAAGGAGGAGGAGAGCAAAAAGUGAAAUUUGACAUUGUGUUAAUGUUGACUGUCAUUAGAUUUAUGUUCUUGGAUAUUAAUCUGUGGCGAAACAAUACAAUCAAAGUUUCCUUUA